CUUGGAAAGACAUGAAAGAGGAGACGAGACGAAUAUCAUGUGGAAUUGUACAGGAAUAGGUAUGGCAGAUAUCAAACUUUCAGUCCGUCAGCUUGUGCGAGAAUCUCAAAAUGUCCUCGCCUCAUCCAGAGAUUCCUCAGAACUCUGCAGAGCCCUGGAGGACAUCUUGCCACUUCUGCCAGGGAAGAAAGCGAGUGUUAAAGACGCCCCCGACAUGCCUCAAGGUGAAGCGGUCGAGGAGUUUGGAGCCUGCCACUACGUUCGCUUCUUGGAGUUUCUGGUCGGUCAGUUCAGCCUGGACUGGUGCGGCCGGUUUGCGGCGGACGAGAGGCAGCGUUUGCUGGACGUCUUCUUCCUGGACGGGAUUCACCAUCACGCCUUCCUGGUACUGUGCAGUACAGUCAAACACAGCAGUCCAAGCUUCAAGCAGAACAAGUGCCUGUCUCUCCUGGAAGAUUUCCUACUUCGGGGCAGAAUGUCCGAUCUCAUCUGGGCUCAGUGCUGUGUCCUCUCCGAUCUCACCGACUCAGGAUCUCAGUCGACUAAGCACCGAAUCCUGUGGGAACAGCUCCUCACAGCGAUAGUCACGCUACCAGACAGAAUAGCCAACAAAGUGCAAGGCAAAUGCAGCGCUUGCUUCUUCCCCAAGCAAUAUUUCACAUCACUUGCCAAAGAUCUCCUCGUGGUACUCCACAAAGUCCACAACCAACUCAAAGCUAGCAAAGAUUGCUCUCUGCUGUUUGUGAGCCAGUUGAUGGGCAGAAUAUGUCUGAACGGACAUGCAGAUACCACUUUCACCUUCCUCUUGCCUCACUUUGUGAAAUUGACGGCCGUUGAUUUCCUGUGGAGCCGUGUCUGCUCUCGAGUCAUCGUCGGCACACCGGAGCGAUGCUUAGAGAGUGUCUUGGACUGCCUCCUCAAGAAAAUACCAUGGUAUGGCAUCAUGUCGAGGCUCCUGGGUGAUGCGUUGCUUAGCAACAAGAAACUGCUCUUCCUGCUCACCAACAAGUUCUUACUCCUUAGAUGCUACAAUCAGGAGUUGGUUCCACAAAAUAUUAUCGGUUACUUGGCAGACUCGCCCAACAGGAGACAUCUGGUUGUCAAAAGUCUGAAGACCUUAUUGGAUGUAUGGGGAGACAGCAGUGCAGUCAAGCACACGUCCUAUGACCAGCACGCCUAUCUGACCAAGACGAUCCUCAUAUGCCUGGGCCAUCUCAACCAGCAGGAGAAGACCCAGCACAAAUCAGUUCUCAUGCAGAAGCUGCUGUCUGGUAUGCACUGUCACCUGAACAGCCCGUUGGUUAAGGUGCGCAGACUAGGGAUGAUCACCGCCGAGGCUCUGACCAAGACCCUGGAGACGGAGGGACCCAAGCUGAGCUUUGAGUACGUGAAAGACGAGGAGAGUCGAUUGCUCUUGUUGCUCCUGGUGCCGCCCGAUGACCCCGGGAUGGAUCAGAUUACAAAAGAUGUUGUUGAGAUGUCCCUCGGUGAGGAAGAGACAAGAGAAGAAGCUACUUCCAACCAGACAGAGCAGGAAGAUGCGACUGGACAACAAUCCACUCCAGAUGAUGAUCUGGACAGCGAUGACGAUCUUGAGCCGUUUGAUAUGUCUGAAGACGUUAAAACGUCCCAAGUCAAGACGCCAGUGUACAUCAGGGACUGCAUUGAAGGUUUGCAUGCUAAGGAGAAUCGUGAGUUGACGGAGACGAGUCUGAAAGUUGCUGAGAAGCUUGUCCGCAGCAAACCAGAUUAUUUACAAGAGGUAUGUGUGGAGUUGAUGCAGGUCCUCCUUCAUCUUGAGGAUGUCUUUGAGAUUGAUGACUUCACCGUCUUGAGACACUCGGCAAUGGUGGCUGCUACGGUGCAAUGCCCUAUCCAGGCAUCCCAGUAUUGGACAGCUGAGUUCUACGACAGAAACUACAACAUCAGACAAAGGCUGGACAUGCUUCAGGUUCUGGCUGCAGCAGCUCAAGAACUUUCCCAGCCCCUAGAAGAAACAACCCCCUCUAGUGGUCUACAGAAGCCAUGCCGACCUUUGACCCGGGCUUCGCCAAACCCCUCAGAGGAGGCGGAGCAUUGGAGAGACAUUGUGCAGAAACGGAUCAAGAGCAAGACCAGGCGAUUCGCCAAGGGCAGAAGCACCCCAGCUCCUACACCUGUCGCUAAUAGGUUUGCACCUGUCGCUGGGCGUUUCUUCUUCCCUCUUCUCAAGAGCUUUGAUAGUAAGAUGAACACCAUGGAUAUGAUAGGUGAUGACUUCCUUCUCCUAGGUAGAAUGUUGUUCACACUCGGCAUUGUGGUCCACGCCGCCCAACAUGCACCGAUUUGUCGUCAGAUGGCAGUCAGUCUGUUGGAGUUGGUCUGGGUGCUGAGGUACCACACUGAGGUAUUUGUCCGGCAAGCCCUGAUGUUUGCCGUCUCCAUGGUGAUACUGAGCGUGCCCAGUCACCUACUGGUCUCGGACCUUCAAGACGAGAUGUUGGAAUGCAAGCUCUGGCUGGAAGAUAUUGUCGGCAAAGAUCCCAAUGUAGAGUGCAGAGGCCUAGCAGCACAGACCCUGAUGGUCCUAGGAUCUGUGGUUCAGAAGGAGCUGAGUGCUGAAUCAAGGUGACAAAGCUGAAGCAACGUGACAGAGCCGAAGCAAGGCGACAAACCUGAACCAAGGUGACAAAUCUGAAGCAAGGUGAAGCAUGGUGCCGGAGCUAACGCAAGGUGACAAAGCUGAAGCAUGGUGACAAAGCUGAAGCAAGGUGACUAAGCCCAAGCCUUGUGACAAAUCUGAAGCAAGUUGACAAAGCAAGGUGACAAAUUGUCUCAUUCCUUUGAGCCGCUAUAAUGGAACAAAGACAACUGCAGCAUUGAAACAAAAUACAAAUAAUAUGCAAGAAAAAAACCCUGAAACAGGACAAAUGACUGGAACAAAAUUGGAGCCCAGCCCCCCCCCCCCCCGGCCUAAUGCAAUAAAAAUGCAAACAAAAUGAAAGAAAGAUCUGUUAUUGAUAUACAAUUACUUGUAAAACCAACGCUGUUUCUCCUAGCAUACAAACUACCGUCAGUGUACCACUACAAAGGAGGCGUUUUAGUAAACACCACCUUGCCCCACAAAGACUUUUCUCUUCAUCUGUAGCCAUGGUGGCUACAUCUCCAAUCUUCUUCACGUGGUUGCAAUUAGAAUGACAAGUCAUGUUAUCUCCUGAAUUAGUGCCAGCUUCUUCACUCUUCCACCAAGUGGUUCUUCUUGCAACCCUGCCUUCUCUCAUGGUCAUAGCUUUUUCCAGCAUUGCCAGCUUCUGAUACAUCUUUGAAAGAUGGCAUCAACAAGUUGAUGGAUUGUUCCCUUGGUUGGUUACCAUCUCAAACAUUCCACAGGUCGUGUCUAAUUGUAAAGGACACACUUGGAAGCAAGGUGAAGGCGAAGCCAGGUGCAGGGUGAUAUAGGUGUUGGCGACAAACUGAUAACAAGUGACAUGGUUAUGUUCAUGUCCUUCUUACCUGGAGCAUUGUCAGGUGGUUUGCUUAGCCUCUCCAGUGCCCUCCUGGUGGCUGAAGUUGUUGCACCACCUCGUCAAGCAACCACGUCAAGCCAACAACCUACCCAAGGCAUCUGAUGAUCUCUCCUGCUGAUCUGCUUGCUGAUAAAGGAUGCCUUUGAUCAAACGUCAUCUCGCCCCACACAGACUUUAAUGCUGACUCAUGUCAUCUAAGCAAUUGAUCGAGAAACUACACUUUGAAAUGUUAAAGGGACAGCCUAAUUGUUACCAUCUCCGGCAGUUCAGUUGUCGGUCAGCUGCGUUUUCCUUGUCUCAUAGUAUGUCUUGUUGAGGUUCAGUGUGGAGAGGACCAUCAGGAACACUGUCGUCUAUGUCAAGGAUCUCCGUUCGGGUAACCCUCUUCAUCGGCCCAGAACAAUCAACCAGUUGUACCAUGUACACAUUUGUUUGUGUUUGUGCAAUCAUCUUGUAAGGCGUUGCCUUCCAGUGAUCCCCGAUCUUGUUGCUACUAGGAGCAUGGUUCCGUAGAAGUACCCUUGUACCUAGGGCAAUGCCCUUGUCGUUUGCUUUGUUGUCCCGUCUCCCACACCUGGUCGCGCUCUUCUUCUGUAUAUUCUCGAGGGCCAUUUCAGCUGCCUGUCUCAGUUGUUGCUGAUGCGACGCCACCCAAGGCUCAGUUGGUGGUGCUCCCAUGACAUCCUCAUCAAACAUCAUCACAUGGUCGAUUGGCAGCAAUGGUUCCCGACCCAUGAAUAUGUAGAAAGGGGAAAGGCCAGUGGAUGCAUGCGGGGUGCAGUUAUACAUGAACGUUAGUUCCUGUAGAUGGUCUGGCCAAUGUUUCUUCUGCUCAGGGGGUAGGGUACGGAGGAGGUUGUGCAAAGUGCGAUCGAACCUCGCACUGCCCAUUGCCCUUUGGGUGGUAGGCUAUUGUCCUGCUCUUUGAGAUCCCGUAUGCUGAGCACAGAUCCUUCACAAGCUGGGACUCAAAAGUUCCUACCCUGGUCACUGUGUAUGCGGCAGGGAACUCCAUACUUCUGAAGCCAUUCCUUUAUGAGGAUUUUGGCAACAGUGGAGGCUUUCUGAUCUCGGCAUUGAACUGCUUGUGUGAACUUGGUGAGGACAUCUGUCAUAGGCCCAUGUUUCAACCUAUUGUUAAGAAUGCUGCUAGGGGUCCUAGCAGUGGUAUAUAGUUACCAAAGAAUUCUUGGAGGAUGAGUUGAGUCGCGUUGAAAAGGCCUGGGGUUGGCUGUACUGGGGGAAGAACAGAUGCAAACCACUCAGGUUGAGAUUCAGAACACGACCGACUCGUGGCCCGGUGGUAUGAUAGCAGCAGUUCGGCCCUGGUCAUGCGUGAAUGGCUUGUUACAUAACAAUGAUCAUUAUGCUGGUCACAACACUCUUACGUCGUGCUAGACCUCUCACCCAGACACUGAGGAAUCUUUUUUUAUUAUUUUUAUCAUUAUUAGUGUUGGGCAGCUCAUUGGUAAUAGUCAGGUUCCUUGUCAUCACGUCGACAAGAAGUGUCGCUUCUCUUCCUAACAUUGGCAUGUUUAGCCUUUGUCCCUGGUAGCUUGUGGUACUCAAGUAUUAAGCACAAAAGGAGCGACGCCUAUCUUCACCUAUCUGAAAUUGCAUUUUCUCCUGUCAAGAAGGAUAUUAUCUUUUCUAUACUAAGUCUGUGGUAAAAAAAAUCUUGGCAAUAUCUUUGAACGUGUUUGUUGGACCUAAAGAUCUCUUUUUUUCAUGGUAAUUCGGUCUUUGACAAUUGUGCAAAGUUCCUCAUACGAUUUACCACUGCUGGUUUAUGUUACACCCAUGAUUGGAGGAGUAAAAGACCAACUUUUUUUCCCUUCCCUUCUACAAUUGCUUCGGUACAAAUGUAAUUGACGUAGACUAUCUCUCCUUGCCUACAAAGAUGAGACUGCAAGAAACAAAGCUGGGGAAACCCUCUGUUUUCUGGCAACAUCUUUGAACAUUUUAGUUGGACCUAAAGAUCUCUUUCUUCAUGGUGUGACAUGCAGUUGCCCCCCCCCCUAAAAUAGAGACCUCUCAUUGUCUGGUUUGCAAUAGACAGCCCCCUCCCUCUUGAACCAAGCCCGUAUCUACCCCUACUAUGACUUAAACUAUGAGCAUAAAAUCAGAGUUUGAAACCCAGAUUUGGAUGGUGCAGCAUUACCUCUAUGUCGUUACUUAAUACGGAAAGAUUCCCAUAUCUGGCCAUCACUUGUCACCCUGUGCACAAACCCUAUGGGACUGGUCUGAAAAUGUCUAAGUGUUUUCUUAGUAGAAAUUCAAAAUUUUGUCCUUGCUAAUUUUGACUUUUUAGGACAUAUUAUCACAUUCCGAUGGGUGAUAGGUCAUUUAAUGGAAAAAUUACUGAUGGCCGGAUAUGGGAAUCUUUCCCUAAAUACAUGUAACUUGCAAACUAAACUGUAAAUGUUAUGAAUAUAAUGUUUAUGGGAUAAUUUAUGGAGUUUCACUGAUAUUUCUUUUGCACCGUUUUCAUGUAAUUUUGUUUAAGCAGUUAUACUAUUUUUGUAUCUUUCUUAUAUUUUUGAAAUUUAACAAGUCAGAAAUAUUGACAAACCAAUAUGCCCUUCUGAAACAUGUAAGAUCUUUUGAUCAGACCAUUAUUCGUGUUUUCAAAAAAUACUUCAAAUCACCAUACAUACUUCAUGAAUUUGAUCUGAGUGAUGGAAAUAUUGACCUGUAAAUGGUAGUACAAUUGGAAACAGAAUUCUCAAGUCAUGUUUAUCUUUGCUCAUAUCUUUUAUUACCUUGAACUUUGACUUUUCAUUCCAAAACUUAUCAGGCUUAAAGGCUUCCCGAUCAGGCAAAGAUCCGCCCAGAAACAAAGUUUUAUCUUGACCGGUUGAGUAUUAUAGUUUUGAGUUACUAUGGGAACAUUUGUGUAAGUUUGAGGUCCUUAAAUGUAAUUCGUAACAUUUGCAAACUAAAAAGAAAUUUAAUUACCAAAUUAUUAUGAAAUAGCUUACUCGACUUUAAGUACAUAAUAGACUCAAGCAUUGUGUGAAAUCAUUGUGCUGGUAUGCUGUCAUUUUAAAGAAAAGUUGAUUUUUGUUUCAUUUUCCAAUGAUGGUGCGGCCAACCAUCAUUGGAAAAAUAUGGCUUUUAUUUUUAAAUAGGCCCUACUACCUGCAAUUGACUGAAUUUAGUUCAUAAACAUGUGGUUUGCUAAAUACCUGUGAGUGGGCAUAAGCCAGCUAGUCUGGUCCCCUGACCUGAUAAUUCCCGGAAUCUAAAAUUGUCCCGUUUUGUCUGAAGCAUAUAGGGUCGGGGAACUGCAAGAACAGCAUUUUGUCUUCUUUUUUUUUGGCCUGCAUGCAUGCGAUAUUUGCUCUAAAAUAAUAACCUCAAAAUCCGUCCAUUUGAAAUUGCGGUACUCAUUGAUUCUGAUAGGUUAAGUGCAUAUAGUUCCUAUUUAAUUAAUUUUUGCUACAAUUCAGAUUAAAACUUUGAAACAAAGAAAGUCUUUACCCCUUUCCAACCAUAUUUAAUUCAAUGGCAGACUGUGUUUCUGAUGUCUUUUAGCUUUACUUUCCACAUUUGAUGUGUUCAGAGAGUAAACAAUAAACCUGGAUAUUGAACUCA